GUAGAUACUAUUAUUAAAAUUAUUAUUAUUAUUAUUAUUAAAAUUGCUAUUCUUCAGUGGGUUUUUGGCGUUUAUUAUAUUUUUGUUUCGUUUCGUUUGAUUGUAAUCCCUACCACGCCGCCGGCGGGUGCUCAAGAACUGAAUUCAUCAGAUUUGGUUCUUCCAAUUCCAUAGAAACGAUAAGAACAGAAUUAACCCAUUAAUUCCUCUGGAUCCAAUCUCUUCUUCUCAAACCCAAUUCUAAGUUUCAGAAAUGGAAUCCAAACCCUUCAAGUGCUCCGCGCAACAGAGAUCCGCCAAAAGAAGAAAGCAUACAAUUGUAAGAAACUCAAAUCCCACACCCAUAACCAAAAUCUGUCCCGAUCUCAUCUUUGACAUAUUUUCAAGGCUUCCCGUGAAAUCCCUGGUGCGAUUCCGGUGCGUUAACAAGCUCUGCUCCACCAUCGUUGCCGACCCAUCUUUCGCCGCUGCUCAUCAACCUUAUCCCCGGCCGAAACCGGGCCUUCUCAUCACCUGUCCUACUCAGCUUCAAUCAGCCCAGACCUUCUUCUCCGCCAACCUCAACGGUGGCCCCGCUACUCACUGCCUGACGGUCCCUCCUCGGUACUCUCGCUACACUACCCAGUCAAUUAAUGGCAUAGUUUGUAUGGAUUUUGGCCUUUGCGCUACCCUUUGCAAUCCCAGUACUAGGCAGGCGAUUACUCUACCACUUGUUUGUUCAAAGACAUCAAAGGCUGCUUCUUCUACCUACUAUUGCGUUAACUCAUUAGGGUUCGACCCAGUUUCUAAGCAGUACAAAGUUUUAAAUUCAUGGCGGAAUUACCAAACGGGCAAGACUGAAUAUCGAGUUUUCUCAUUGGGUACUCAAUCAUGGCGGCUUCUCCCCGACGGUCCUCCUUACUCUCCUCGACGGGAAAGCAUUUGCGUGAAUGGGAUCAUAUAUUUCCGGACCCUUGCAGAUAUGGUUGCUUUCGAUGUGCAAAACGAAACUUUUCGAGUGAUCCAACUCCCCAGUGACGCCCCAAAUGACGUGAACACAUCUUGUUUGAUCCAGUUAGCAGGGCGUUUGGCUAUAGUUAAUUUUCAACUGGAUUCCCAGAACCAGUUAAGUCUAUGGAUUCUGGAGGACUACUGGAAUGAGAUUUGGAUCCUGCACCAUAUCGUCUUCCCCACUUAUUGGAGGAAAAAGAAUCAAAACUAUUUGGUUGCAGGCACCAUUGCUACAGGGGAGAUCCUACUGGCACCAUGCUUCUUAUCCAAUCCCUUUUAUGUGUUUUAUUAUGAUUUAGAAAGAUCCAGUCUUCGAAGGGUGAAAAUUCGUGGGCUUCCAGAAUAUGAUUCUCUUGAUGUAUCUCGAAAUGCUGUUACAGUCACUGGCUAUGAGGAAAAUAUAUUAUCACUGGGUUAAUGACUGAAACCUCUUCCCUAAUAAACUUGCAUUGUAUUGCAUGUUUUUAGCCUUUUGUUGUGAGUGAAAAGAAAACUACCAGCGCUCAUGGUGAUUGAGUUGUAGAUGAAUGAUGGACAAAUGAUGAAUUUUUUUGUGGCAAUUCUGACCUGGCCAGUUGGCAUGCGUACAUUAUACUUGAAGUUAUACAGAGCUUGCGAUAACAGGUCUCUCCCUCAUGAUGUUAAAGCACGGUUGCUCUGCACCGUACAUGUUUGUUUGUUGUAUCAUUACAUGGAGAGAUUUUAGAAUACAACAGUUGUAUCAAUACGUGUUCUUAAAAAAUGUAGGUUGUGGCCCCAUAUAUAAUUUCUUACUUGAGAACAAUUACUGUGUUUGAUCCAGGAGAUUUGUAGUAUUUAGCUCCUUCUUUAAAACAAUUGCAUUCUUAUUGUUGAGCACUAGGUUCUAUUACAACAGUAGAGUAGAAAUCUAUCCUACCUUCUCAGAAUGGCUUAGUUGUCGCCUAGAUAAUUCUAGUUGCUCAGUUCUCUAGAUUUGAAGCUGAGGCCAACUUUUCAAUUGCAACGCAAAGAUUUGAAAUCUGCUGACUCUGCUCUUCAGUUUAGAAAGUGAUAGGAGCAAUAAUCAUUUCCU